GACAUUCGAUGGAAAGUAUUUGACAUUUUUUGCUGGAAACUAAUUUUCCUUGCGAAUUAUAGUAACAUAUAGAAAUUUCAAUAUCAUAGGAUUUCAAAUAUUGCAGGAUAAAAAGAUUUGAAUGUAAUGUCUUAUUAAAAACCUUUUAUUAAACGGCAUUAAAAGUGUUACAGAAAGAAAGGUUCGAGUUUUGACAUACCUAGUUGUGUAAAGUAUAAACACUGGGGUAUUUAUUUUGAAGUUUGAAAUCAACAUAUAUCGUAUUUUCAGCUGGCAUCAGAAUGUUUGUCUAUUUUACUUGGCACCUCAUUUGAUUUUGUUGUUAUUGAAUAAUACUGGAGACUAAAAGUGAGAUCACAAUGACUUUAAUUGAGGGUGUUGGUGAUGAGGUUAUACAGUUUAUGAUAACAGUGUUAGUAAUAGUCAUUGCUUCAUUGGCAUGGUGGUCGACUAAUUCCCGACCAGAUCGAUAUAGAACAGUUUUGCUAAUGAGAUCUCGACCAACCCAUCCGGUUACAGUCAGUAUAAGAACAAGAUCAAUUUUGCCUAGUCCUAGUCUACCAGUAAAUAACACUCCACCAGCACCUGCUCCGGAACCAAUAGCAAGCAGUUCCACCACACCAAAUAACAGCAGUGGGAAUAGAGUGAUUCCCAUACAAGAGAUGGAUAGUAUUGUGGAUGCGGACAUGGCUAUGUUGGACAAUAACCGCCUACAUUUCUAUAGACUGAUAGAUGCACCAACUACCUCACAAACAUCAACAGAGUCCUCAACUGUAGAGGCAGAGAGCCAAGAAGAAAUGGAGCCGGCAAGUGAGGCUCAGAUCCGAGAAAUGGAUAGCAUUGUUAGUGCUAUGGAAGCUGAUAUGACUGUGCAUAAUGAGAGAAAUACAACAGAAACAUCCACAAGCAGUAUGAAAAAAGAGGAGAGUUCACAAAAUACAGCUGAAGUUACUGCACCUGAAGGCCCGAGUAGUUCUACUAGUGACGCAGCAGAAACAAAGCAUUCAAACAAGAUUUUAAUCAAGCUAAAAUACCUUAAUGAUACUUUAAAAGAAGUGGAAGGGAGUCUUGAUGAGCUUUUGAAAGAUUUCAAAUGGCGUCACUUCGCCGCUGAGCUAUCGUCCGAGAGCCGAGUGCGUCUCAUCUUCAACGGGCGCGUGCUGGUGGACGAGGCGGCGACGCUGCGCGCGUGCGGGCUGCACCACCGCGCCGUCGUGCACUGCCUCGUGCACCCGAAGCGCGCGCAGCAACAGCGGCAAGCAGAACCAGCUGCGGCAACUCACGAGCUGAUAACAGAGGCUCCAGCCGCCGAACGAACUUGGGACCUGGAAAACAUUCUCAUGACCCUCGUCAGUGUUGCCCUCACCGUUGUGUGGUUCUUCAGAUGUGAAUAUUCAAACAUGUUUACCGCAAGCGCAAGCGUAGCACUGUUCGGGCUGACCGUGUUCUACAGUGUUGCUAUCUUUGGCCUCUAUUUGUCAGAUACAUUCCAUUUCGACCGACGACCGCCACAGCAAAUACCUAAUAACUGAAUUACCGUCAUCAUUCUAAUAUUCAACCAUAGUGUCAAUGAAUUAGCGGGAUAGAAAGUUUUGAGUGACAGUCGUUUUCAUAGAAAUUUCAAAUUUAUGAAAAUAAAGUGAUAUUUAUUGUACCUUCGAAACAGUGUUGCUAUUCUAGAGAGAGAUUUGAAAUAUUCAUAUAAAGAAUUGUUAUGUUUUUCAUUUUAAUACCAUGUUUGAAAAUUUUCUAAAUAAGCAUCGAUUUACGGUUUUUUGCACACGGCUAAUUAUUAUAAUUUUAAUAUUAAUGAAAUACAUUUUUGAGUGUAAUACUUUAUUAUA